GACCGGGCUAUGGAUAGCGGAAUCGAGAGAAAGCGUUAAAGAGUCGAAUUCGCUGGAUUAAACGCGAAGGAAUGAUUUAAAUUGGAUUUAAAACCCAACGCAUACCCGUAGGCUCGGUCCAGCGCGGUGCUGGUCCACAUCUGACCGUCGGUGGUGACUCACGGAGAUAGGGCCGUUAACGGAGUAUUGCUGACCGGUCCGAUAUAUAUCUACAGAUUUCAGCAUGAAGUUUAAACCGAACCAGACGCGGACGUACGACCGGGAGGGAUUCAAGCGGCGAGCGGCGUGUCUGUGCUUCAAAAACGACCGGGAGGAUGAGGUUUUGUUGGUCAGCAGCAGCAGAAACCCGGAUCAGUGGAUUGUUCCUGGUGGUGGAAUGGAGCCGGAGGAGGAGCCGUGUGGAGCCGCAGUGCGGGAGGUCUAUGAGGAGGCUGGAGUGAAGGGUAAAUUAGGACGUUUACUGGGUGUGUUUGAGCAGAACCAGGACCGGAAACACCGGACAUACGUGUAUGUGCUGACAGUCACAGAGACGCUGGAUGCCUGGGAGGAUUCAGUCAAUAUUGGCCGUAAGCGAGAGUGGUUUUCCGUGGACGAGGCCAUCAGAGUCCUGCAGGGCCACAAACCGGUUCACGCCGAAUAUCUGAGACGCCUCCGGAUCAAUCGCUCAUCCUCCACCAACGGGAACCUGCUCCUGCCGCAGACAAACCCCAGCAACCUCACACCACUCUUCAGCACACCAGCCUCAGCUACUCGCAGAUAGGACAUGCGCACACACACUCAUCACUGUCUACAUCACACACCAUUUCCCUGCAUAUAUAACACCUUUGGGAUGUUCUGUAGAGGGACACACCAAAAUCUGUGUGGGAUUUUGAGUGAAGAAUGCCUUAACGAUUUUUUUAAAUGUCCACUGAUUGGUUUUUAGUAGUGCUGGGCAAAGAUUAGUAAUCACCAUUAGUUGCAUCCAAAAUAAAAGUUUGUUUGGAUAUAAUAUAUGAGUGUGUGUUAUAUAUAUUUAACAUGCAUUUGUGAUAAACACACACAAAACUAUGCAAAACUAAUUUGAUACAUAGAUAUAUAAAAUUUGCAUCAUAUAUUUUAUAUCUAAAUAGAAAUAAGCAUAGUCUCAAAUAUAUGCAUGCAUGUGUGUGUUUAUUUAUAUAUAUAAGCAUAAUAAAUAUACACCAUACACACACUUAAAUCAUGUCAAAACUAACUUUUAUUUUGGAUGUGAUUCAUUUAUGCACAGCAGUUUUUAGUUAUUGUGUAUAUGAGUAAUAAUUAUUAACCAGCAUCAAUCACAGGCUAGUCAUGUGGAAGAGCUGUUUCCCAAUUUCACCUGCAGAACUGGGCAUUUUGGGAUUGUGAUGUAGGGAAUGUCUGGUUCGUUUGAUUUAACUCAGCGUUUUACCUCUAUGAAUUGAUUCGGCUAGCGCUGUCACGAGCCCGGACGUCCCUUUAAGACUCCUAAAUCUCCAAACAAACCCUUUAAAACUCCCUUCGCUGCUGCUCCGGACCAGAUAACUGGAUUUCUGAAAGCAUCAGAGAUUCGGCUUGAUGAGAUUUGUGGGAAUUAUUUGUGAGCCGGAGGGUGGUAAUCUGAACACGGUCUCUCAUUUUAUGCUUUGAUUAAAAAAUAAUAAUAAUAAAAGGUUUGUAAAUAUAUAUAUAUAUAUAUGUACUAAAAGACUGAAGAUAACAGAUGAUGUUUCUUGGUUUUUAACCUCAAUGCAAGUGUAUUAAUCUUUUCUGCUCUUAACUAUUUCUAUUUGGAUUUUUGAAGAGAACAGAACUGUGAAUUUAGUCUGAGAGAAGCAUGAGAUGUUAAUGGGUGAAUCCCACUGGACCAGUCGACACGCACAGGACAUUUCUCACUACACUGAACAAAAAA